GUAGCUUUUCGUGCCACCGCGGUGCAUGAUGGGCGUAGGGCCGAUUGACAGUCCAUGGCGGCUGUGUGAGUCACUGGGUCUCCCUCCCCCGUGCAGGAAGCCGGCAGGAAGAGCGGCCUGCAAUCCGGCUUUUCCUGUGCGAUAAACAGGCUAAGAGGGGUCAGCGGCCAUCCGAAUAUCCGGAGAGGAGGGAGGGGUGGAAAGGAAGAGCCCAUGGACAAGCUGACGGGUCUGGAGACUGUGCCUGUAGGGGGUGUAGGCGCUGCGGGUGCGACGGCUGCUGCCAGAAAGCCUCCCCGACCGUCCGCGCCCCCUUCCCUGCCCACCUCUCGCCAGACCAGCGUCGAGACUUUGGACAGCCCUACAGGAUCACACGUGGAGUGGUGCAAGCAGCUAAUUGCAGCUACAAUAUCCAGCCAGAUUUCGGGCCCUGUUGCCUCCGAAAAUGUAUCCAGAGAUUACAAAGUAUACAAGAGGCCUGAUCUCAGGGAUAUUCAGGACGAGCACAAUGGCUUUCAUUCUGAGUCGGAGACUGAGCAGGCCCUGAGAGAUGGAAAUAAGCUGGCACAGAUGGAAGAGGCACCACUGUUUCCUGGCGAGUCUAUCAAGGCAAUUGCUAAGGACGUUAUGUACAUCUGCCCAUUUUGGGGAGCAGUGAGUGGGACUUUGACAGUCACGGAUUUCAAGAUGUACUUCAAAAAUGUAGAAAGGGACCCUCCUUUUAUCUUGGAUGUUCCACUUGGUGUUAUAAGCAGAGUGGAGAAGAUUGGUGUGCAGAGCCAAGGAAGCCAUUCUUGUGGCAUAGAGAUUGUGUGCAAGGAUAUCAGAAACUUGCGGCUGGCCUACAAACAGGAAGAGCAGAACAAAUUGGAAAUAUUUGAAAAUCUCAUUAAAAAUGCAUUUCCUCUUUCUAAUGGGCUGCCCCUUUUUGCAUUCAGUUAUAAAGAAAAAUUCUCUGUCAAUGGCUGGAAAGUUUAUGACCCAACAGCAGAAUACAAAAGACAGGGUCUGCCAAAUGAGAGCUGGAAGAUUUCCAAGAUUAAUAACACCUAUGAGCUGUGCGACACAUACCCUGCAGUCUUUGUUGUACCAACCAGUGUGGUAGAUGAGGAUUUUUCAAGAGUUGCGGCUUUUAGAGCCAAAGGACGAAUACCGGUUUUGUCAUGGAUUCAUCCAGAAAGCCAGGCAACGAUAACCCGCUGCAGCCAGCCGCUUGUUGGACCAAAUGACAAACGCUGUAAAGAGGAUGAGAAAUACUUGCAGACAAUAAUGGAUGCCAAUGCCCAGUCACACAAGCUUGUUAUAUUUGAUGCCAGACAAAACAGUGUUGCUGACACUAACAAGACCAAAGGAGGAGGAUAUGAGAACGAGAGUGCAUACCCAAAUGCAGAGCUAAUCUUCCUGGAAAUACAUAACAUUCAUGUGAUGCGGGAGUCCCUGCGCAAGUUGAAGGAAAUAGUUUAUCCAGCAAUAGACGAGGCCCGCUGGCUGUCCAAUGUCGAUGGCACACACUGGUUAGAGUACAUAAGGAUGCUGCUUGCUGGAUCAGUGAGAAUAGCUGAUAGGGUUGAAUCCAGUAAAACAUCAGUCGUGGUACAUUGCAGUGAUGGGUGGGAUCGGACAGCUCAGUUGACCUCUUUGGCUAUGCUAAUGUUGGAUAGCUACUACAGAACCAUUAAAGGAUUUGAGGUUCUGAUAGAGAAAGAGUGGAUCAGCUUUGGCCACAGAUUUGCCAUGAGAGUGGGUCAUGGAGAUGAUAACCAUGCAGAUGCUGAUCGAUCCCCAAUUUUCCUCCAGUUCAUUGACUGUGUUUGGCAAAUGACAAAUCAGUUUCCUGCAGCUUUUGAGUUUAAUGAGCUUUUUCUCAUUACCAUACUGGAUCACCUGUACAGCUGUCUGUUUGGAACAUUUUUGUACAACAGUGAACAGCAAAGAAUGAAAGAGGAAAUCCAAACAAAGACAUUAUCUCUGUGGUCUUACAUUAAUAGCCAUGUGGAUGAGUUUACCAACCCCUUUUAUGUCGAUUAUGAACACCACGUGCUGUAUCCAGUUGCCAGCCUUAGCCAUUUAGAACUCUGGGUGAAUUAUUAUGUUAGAUGGAACCCUCGGACAAGACCUCAGAUGCCAAUUCAUCAGAACCUCAAGGAUCUCCUGGCCCUUAGAGCGGAGCUUCAGAAGAAAGUGGAGGAGCUGCAACGCGAGGCCGCGACAAGGUCUGUCUCUUCAUCCUCCGACCGGGGCUCCUCCCCUUCACAUUCUGCCACCCCCGUACACACAGCUGUGUAACCACUGGGACUUGAACUUGUGUCAAUGUGAGACCAGGACUGGGUGCCAUCACCUGUUGGACAACCAGCUCUGGGCUGAAAUGGCAGCACCCAAACACUUUCCCAGAGUUCUCCUUGUCCUGCCAGUGUAACCUGUAAGUCACUCACCUGCUGCAACGUGUCACCAA